CUCGCCCUCUGCCUCGCCCUCCGCGGCACCGUCGCCUGUCCCAGGCUCUGCGCCUGCUACGUCCCCACCGAGGUGCACUGCACGUUCCGGUACUUCACAGCCGUCCCACCGCACAUCCCCCCAAACGUGGAGCGCAUCAAUCUGGGUUACAACAGCUUGCUUAGACUGACGGAGAGAGAUUUUUCUGGCCUGGAGAAACUGGAGUUACUGAUGCUGCACAGCAAUGAGAUAAACACAAUCCCUGAUAACGUGUUCAGUGAUUUAUAUUCAUUACAGGUCUUAAAAAUGAGUUAUAACAAGGUCAGAGUACUUCAUCAGGAUGUUUUUUAUGGUCUAAAAAGCUUGGUACGGUUGCAUAUGGACCACAAUAAAAUUGAAUUUGUAAAUCCCAACGUUUUCUAUGGACUCACAUCACUGAGGUUGCUCCACUUGGAAGGAAAUUUACUUAAGCAGCUUCAUCCAGAUACUUUUGUCACCUUGCGCUAUAGCCAAAUAUUUAAAAUAUCCUUCAUGAAGCACAUAUAUUUGUCCGACAAUGUGUUGACUUCACUACCACAAGAAAUGUUUUCCUACUUGUCCGAGCUGGAGAGCAUUUACCUUCAUGGAAACCCGUGGUCCUGUGACUGCAGUCUACAGCGGUUUGCAGAAUGGGCAAAACAGAGACCAGAAGUUAUGAAGUGCAAAAAAGACCGAAGUUCUAGUGCUCAGCAAUGCCCAGUUUGUGCUAGUCCCCAAAAUCGUAAAGGGAGAAGUUUAGUGGAUAUUCCUUCUGCAUCUUUAACCUGCUCUAAGCCAGCCAUACAUGACUCCCUGAAAUUUAAAAACCUCACAGUGCCAGAUGACGGGGAUGUGAGUUCCAUCUCUCCCAGGGACUUCAUAGCUCCUAUCGGAUCCAUGGUUUUGAACAUGACUGACCAAGCAGGAAGCCGAGGUUACUUGGUUUGCAACAUCCAAAAACCUAAAGAAAUGUCUCCCAUCUCGUUUGACAAAGAUGGCAACAAUACAGUACUCAAAACAUCAUUCUCGGCAUUUCUUGUCUGUAGCAUUGAUUAUGAACAUAUUCAGCAGCUCUGGAGCCUACUGGCGCUGUACAGUAAUUCUCCCUUAAAACUGGAAAGGAACGGCCUAGCAACCAACAUGCCUUUUAUUAGUUACAAAUAUAAACAAAUCUACUCUGAAACAGAUGAACUUUUUACCAACAUAGAGACUGACCUGAGAGCUGAACCAUCUUGGCUGAUGCAAAGCAAAGUGGCAUUACAGCUAGACAGGACAGCAACCACACUUAACACAUUGCACAUCCAGUACUUCACGGAUGCUCAGGUUACUCUGCCCAGCGCUGACAAAGACCAGGCGAGAAAUAACUGGACCAUCAUCUCCAGGGACAACAAAACACAAACGGAGCGCACUGUUUUAAUCGGGGGGACCGUAGAACUGGAGUGCCGAGCACUUGGAGAACCAGCUCCUGCAGUAGAGUGGAUUUUGGCUGACGGGAGCAAAGUCAGAGCGCCGUACAUCAGUGAGGAUGGAAGAAUCAUCGUAGUUAAAACUGGCACGUUCACGUUACGGACAGCUGAUACUUUUGACACUGGGCUUUAUCACUGCAUAGGCACAAAUUACAACGAUGCAGAUACUCUCACGUUUAGAAUUACUGUGGUCGAUCCUUAUGUGGAACACAACGGUGUAAAUGGAGCCAAACUUUCUGCAUUUGUUGGCAGCACACUCUACCUUCCCUGUACAUCCACGGCUGUUCCAGAUGCUGCCGUUAGCUGGGUGUUACCCGAGCACGUGAUUCUUCAUCAUUCUGUAAGAAACAGACAUAUUUUUGAGAACGGUACCUUGAGAAUACAAGGGGUAACAGAGCGAGACGGUGGCUACUUCAGAUGUGUUGCAGCCAACCAGUACGGUGUUGAUCUUUUGGUUUUCCAAGUGCUGGUUAGAAAGGACGAAACCACUCCAAAGAAAAAGCACGUAGCUGCGGGAGAAUGGGGAGAGGACGAUGGCUCUGGCAAUGCAGUGCUGGCCUCUGCCACAAGACAGAAACAUCCUUUAGCUCCUCCAGCUACCUUGACAGCUAGGCAGGAAUCUGCUGCCUCAGCAUCCAGGAACGGGGUCACACAGAGCGCCCAUAAAAGGAACAGCUACGGGAAAAUGACUUACCGGCACUACAGGGACAAAAUCAGCAGGCGGUUUAGAGGACACAGAAGACCGUUUGUUUCCUCAGCCAGGAGAGUCGAUCCACAGCGCUGGGCAGCCUUUUUGGAAAAAACAAAGAGGAACUCAACAUUGAUAGAAAAACGAGGCGAAGUUGCAACAAAACCACCUAUUCAAGCCCGUAAGGUCUCAAAAGUACCUGGGGAUGAGGAGGAAACAUCUGGUGAUCUCGUAUCUCCAGAAGAAGAAUUCAUCAUACCAGUAACAGAGGCAGCCACCGUAUCUGCUCUGGGGAGAGCAGUGGAAAGCGCGAUAACUGCAGGACUUGAGAUGACGCCCAGAAUAAUUGGAGGAAAAUUAGCUGCUUUUACUGUGCUAGCUAACUCAGAUGCUUUUAUUCCGUGUGAAGCUACUGGCAACCCCCGUCCAAGCAUACAGUGGACCAAGAUAUCAUCAGGCACCGAUGCUCGGGAUGGCCGAGAUGUGGGCAGAUGGAUGGUGUUUGCCAACGGCACGCUCUCCAUCGCCCGGGCGCGCCUGGAGGACCGCGGGCAGUACCUGUGCACCGCAGCCAACGCGCACGGCGUGGCACGGCUCCUGGUCACCUUGUCGGUAGUGGCCUACCCACCCCGCAUCACUGGUGGCAGGUGGCAGCUCCUCACCGCUCACUCCGGAAAGCCCGUGGCAGUGAAGUGCAGGGCUGAGGGCAGGCCUCCUCCCACCGUCUCCUGGCUUCUAGCAAAUGAAACGCACAUCUCCGACUCUUCUGCAGGAAAUAGCAAAGUUCACGUGGAACCAGACGGCACUUUAAUUAUCAAGGAAGUCACCGUUUAUGACAGGGGCCUCUACACAUGCAUGGCUAAAAACCCAGCGGGCACUGACACGCUGGUUGUAAAGCUGCAGGUGAUCGCGGCACCUCCCGCUAUUCUGGAAGAGAAGAGACAACGUGUUGAAGGAAUGGCAGGGGAAAAUCUGAAACUCCCUUGCACCGUGAAAGGGAAUCCUCAGCCCACUGUCCACUGGGUCCUCUUUGAUGGCACGGUGGUGAAACCUCUGCAGUUGGUAAACGCAAAGCUGUUCCUGUUCUCCAACGGUACCCUCCACCUCAGCAACAUCGUCCCUUCUGACAGCGGGAAUUACGAGUGCAUAGCCACAAGCUCGACUGGCUCGGAGCGGAGGGUGGUGAGCCUCGUGGUGCAACACAGAGAUACGCUUCCAAAAAUAGCUACCGCCUCUCAAGAAUUGACUCAGUUGAAUUUUGGGGAUAAGUUGCUUCUGAACUGCACAGCGACUGGGGAGCCAAAGCCCAGGAUCAUCUGGAGGUUACCUUCCAAGGCAGUUGUUGACCAGUGGCACAGAAUGGGAAGUCGAAUCCACGUCUACCCCAAUGGAUCCUUGGUUAUUGAGGCAGUUACUGAAAAGGAUGCAGGUGACUAUUUGUGUGUCGCAAGAAACAAAAUUGGCGAUGAUCUGAUACUGAUGAAAGUUAGCAUCACAAUGAAACCAGCCAAGAUUGACCAGAAACAGUAUUUCAAGAAACUGGUGCCAUACGGAAAAGAUUUCAGGGUGGACUGCAAAGCCUCUGGGUCACCCACACCAGAAAUAUCCUGGAGUUUGCCAGAUGGGACGGUGAUCAAUAACGCGAUGCUGGCAGACGACGGUGGAGGCAGGUCUCACAGAUACGUCCUCUUUGACAAUGGCACUCUGUAUCUCAACAAAGUUGGCGUAACAGAAGGAGGAGAUUAUACCUGCUACGCGCAGAACACGCUGGGAAGAGAUGAAAUGAAGAUACACAUCACGGUCAUCACGGCAGCCCCGCAGAUAAAGCACAAUCACAAGACAUACGUUAAGGUGACAGCUGGAGAUAGGGCAUUACUGGACUGUGAAGCCGUUGGAGAACCCAAGCCAAAAAUAUUCUGGUUGCUGCCUUCCAGCGACAUGAUCUCCUCGUCAACAGACAGACACCUCCUGCACGUCAAUGGUUCUCUGUCAGUCAGUCAAGUCAAACUGUUGGAUGCCGGGGAGUACAUGUGUGUCGCUCGUAAUCCUGGAGGUGAUGACACAAAAUUGUAUAAACUGGAUGUUGUUGCUAAACCACCUAUCAUAAAUGGUUUAUAUGUGAACAAAACAGUCAUGAAGGUGACGGCAGUCAGGCAUUCAAAGAAACACAUUGACUGUAGGGCAGAAGGGACACCUCCCCCGCAGAUUAUGUGGAUCAUGCCUGAUAAUAUUUUCCUAACAGCUCCCUAUUAUGGGAGCAGGAUUGUCGUACACAAAAACGGGACACUUGAGAUUCGGAACAUACGGCCUUCUGACACGGCAGAUUUUAUCUGUGUGGCACGUAAUGACGGGGGAGAGAGUAUGCUGGUGGUGCAGCUGGAGGUGCUAGAAAUGCUGAGGCGGCCCGUGUUUAAAAAUCCAUUCAAUGAAAAAAUAAUAGCAAAACCUGGGAAAGCUACCACACUGAAUUGUUCUGUGGAUGGAAACCCUCCACCUGACAUAAGCUGGAUGUUGCCUAAUGGCACAUGGUUUUCCAGCGGCAUCAAGAGUUCCCAGUUUCUCACAGGUAGCAACGGUACCCUCACCAUCUACAGUCCCGACAGAGCCAACGCAGGGAAGUAUCGCUGUGCUGCCAGGAAUAAAGUGGGCUAUAUUGAAAAGCUGAUCAUCUUGGAGGUUGGCCAGAAGCCCAAUAUUCUCACUCCCCCGACGGGGCCGGUGAAGGGCGUUAGCGGGGAGUCGCUGUCGCUGCACUGCCUGUCUGACGGGAGUCCCAAACCCCAAACAGCGUGGACUCUGCCGGGGGGGCGAGUGCUGGAUCGACCGCAGCUCAACGGGAAACACAUACUGCUGGAGAACGGCACUCUGGUUAUACGAGAAGCCACCGUUCACGACAGAGGACAUUAUGUGUGUAAGGCCCACAAUAACGCCGGAGAUUCCUCUAUAACUGUUCCGGUCGUCAUUGUAGCCUACGCCCCGAGGAUUACGAACAGACCGCCGCGGACCACACACCGUGCCUCGGUUCAGCUGCACUGCAUAGCACUGGGAAUACCAAAACCAGAAAUUACCUGGGAGUUACCUGACCGCUCGGUACUCUCUACAGGUCACCAAGGCCGAGCGUCUGGGAGCGAACUGCUUCAUCCCCACGGGACGUUACUCAUCCGGAAUCCCCGACCCUCAGAUUCUGGCGCGUACAAGUGCACGGCAAAGAACCAUCUUGGCAGCGAUUUCACAGUAACGUACAUUCACGUCAUUUGA